GGGAGCGGAGGCCGGGAGGGGCGGUCUCCGGCGGGAGCCGCCCGAGGGAGCGGCGGGGAGGAGCCGAGCCGACGGGACGCGCCACACACGGAGCCGCCGCCGCGAUCGGGCACGGUAAAGGGGGCGGCGAGACGGGGAUCGCCCGGGGUCGGGGUGGGGCAGCCCAGCCGCAGCCUCGCAGCAGCCCCGGCCACGCCCGUCCGCCGCUGCCCUUGCCCGACGGGGCCCGGGAGGGCGGCUUCCUGGGGGACCCUGGGGGGCUCAGCUGGCCCGGCGCUGCGGCGCUGCUGCGGAAGGGCGGCGUCGGGGGCUCCUGCCCGGACCUAGAGCCCAGAUUCUCGGCCCCCGAGCAGGAUGUCGGGGCGGCUGCCUAUCGCCCUCUUCCCGCCCUGAAUCGGGACUGCUCGGGACCGUUACUCGGGUGGGGUGCAGCUGCCCGGCACGCCCGGCAGCGGGGGCCAGGCGGGUUGCGGGGCGAGGGGCUCAUCGCGGCUCCGACGGCGGGCUGACCCUCCCCGCCCUCCUUUGGCAGGAGGGACCAUGGACGACAUCUUCACCCAGUGCCGGGAGGGCAACGCCGUGGCCGUGCGCCUCUGGCUGGACAACACGGAGAACGACCUCAACCAGGGGUGAGUGGGGAGCGGGAGGGAGGGAGGGAGGGAGGGAGUCCCCCAGUCCCCCUGUCCGCCCCCCGCGCCCCCAAGCCGCCUUCGUCCUGCAUUUUGUCCCCUUGGCUGGAAAGGACAGGAAAUGACCGCAGCUCCGAAACACGCCGGCAGGAAUUCUGUUGCCGGAGCUGGGGGGGGGGGGGGGAGCCUGGAUGGCAGAGCAGGUGGCGGGAGUCCAGAAGCACCAGCCCAGCCCUGAGGGGAGGAGGGCAGUGAGGGAGGCUGCCCAGAUUCCCCCCUCAUUUCAGCCUUGCUGUGGAGGAGCCCUGGGGUGGGGGUGGGAGAAGCCCCUUGCCUAAGGAGCCAGCCUCCUUCCCUGGGGGCAGGCGGCUUGAAGCUGGGGGCUGUGCAACGACCCCCAAAUCCCUCUAGGGAGUCCAGGGUCAGGCAAAUGGGUGGCUUCAUUUUCCUCUGGUCCUGAACUUGUUCCUAGUCCUCUGAAGCAGCCACAGCCACCACCACCACCCCCCGAAGUCUGGUCCCCAAGGCUUGAAGGGAUUUGGGGGUGGCAGGAAGGAUGGGUGGGUGGGGUCUGUGAUGCCAGCCAGGAUCCCCUUCUGAUCUGUUCUACAGGGGAGGCAGAUGCUUCUUCCUCGGAGGUUUUAAAGUUGAGGUUGGGCGGCCAUCUGUCAAGGAUGCUUUAGCUGAGAUUCCUGCCUUGCAGGGGCCGGACUAGGCGACCCUUUGAUUUCCGGGCCAGUGGUUGCUUUUCUCCCCUGGGAUGCUCCCAUCUGCUUGGCCCCCUCGCUGCUGUCCCGGCUGGGGCCUGGGGCUGCCCCGUCUUCCUGGCUCAGAUCUCCUUUUAAGGCCUGGUCUUCCUCUUCUCCUGCGCUUGGCUCCAGAAGAGUGAGCUCAGGGAGGGAGGAGGGUUUCCUGGGCUCCCAGACUCUCCCAGGCUGCUCCUGCCUCUGGCACUCCCAGCCCUGACCAGGUGCCCCGGGACCCCUGGAGCUCUGCCCCCUGGCCAGGCUGGCCCCUCUCCUGCCCUGGGCACUGAGCAGGGCCCCUCUCCCUCCCUGCAGCGAUGACCACGGCUUCAGUCCCCUGCACUGGGCCUGCCGCGAGGGCCGCUCCAGCGUGGUGGACAUGCUGGUCAUGCGAGGGGCGCGCAUCAAUGUCAUGAACCGGGGGGACGACACCCCGCUGCACCUGGCUGCCAGCCACGGCCACCGGGACAUUGUCCAGAAGGUAGGGGGGACCCCACAGGGAGGGGGCUGCCCAAGGCUCCCGGUCCCCACCCCUGCUUCCCCACCUCCUCCUCUGGGUCUUAGGGCGCCCCCUGCAGGGAGAGGGAAGAGGGUGGCCGUCUGGCGCAUCUCCCUCCCGGGGGGGGGGAUGAAUUUCACUUUGUGGGGGUCUUUUGGAGUGGGAUUUCCUUCCCCAGCCCACCCUCUGUCUUCUUGCCCUGCUCAGCUGAUCCAGUUCAAGGCCGACAUCAACGCGGUGAACGAGCACGGGAACACCCCCCUCCACUACGCCUGCUUUUGGGCCCAGGAGCAGGUAGCUGAGGUGAGGGCUGCUUUGGCAGAGGCACGUGGGGCUGCCGGGUCUCUUCCUGCCGCAGUGGCAACAUUCGCGCUCUGUUCAAGCAAAUUCAUAUACCCCAAUUCACGCAAUUUAAAACUAAAUGAAAGCCCCGUAAUAGGAGGGCAGCGGUGACCUGUGGGGAGUGGGGCUGGUGGAAGACCUGGUGCCCCGUGGGGAGGGGGGCUGGGCAUGAAGGGCUGCUGUGGGAAGACGGUCUCACCCUCCCCGUCCUUCAGGACCUGGUGGCCAGCGGGGCUCUCGUCAGCAUCUGCAACAAAUAUGGGGAGACACCCCUGGACAAGGCCAAGGCGCCCCUGCGGGACUCCCUGAAAGGUGAGUGCGGCUCCGGCCCACCCUGCCUCCUUAAGCCCCUCCCUGCUCAGCGGCUGCCUUCAGCUACUUCCCCCCUUUGUUUUGGGUCAGACUACAUUUGUUAAUUUCUUUAGAGCGUUUGAACACACUUGUUCAGCCAAGAUAUCUCCCCGAGUGCAUGAUGUGCAAUCCAUGACCUGGCUUCUUCUCCAGCCUGCCUGAUCUCUGCCUCUUGGCCGCCCUCCUUCUGCCUCUGAUUCUGGAUCCCGGCUGACUAAACCCUGUUACCUCUUCCCACACCUCCUCUUCCCAGUCUCCUGCCUCUGACCACUCCCCAAGGUCUCACCCCCAACCCCCGGAGGGCUCUGAGCCUUCUUCCCUUGGGGGUCCCCUGCUGGUUCCUGCCACCCUUCCUCUGCACCCCCUCCUGCUUCCUGGCCCUGCCUUUUCAGCUCCAGGAGCUGGGGGGGGGGGCUCUUUCCACCCCCUUUCCACCUGCACAACAUCCCUCUUUUCUCUCCCCACCCCCUCCAGAGCGAGCAGAGAAGUUGGGCCAGAGCCUCACGCGCAUCCCCUUCAAGGACACUUUCUGGAAGGGCACAACACGGACAAGACCUCGUAAGAGCCCUGCAGGAAGGGGGAGACCUGGGAGCCGGGGGGGGGCAGAGGGAACUCUCCUCGCCCAGUGGGUUGGGCGGUUCCUUCUGCUGGCUGCGCCUGGCUGAAGGUCUCCUCUUUUAGGCAACGGGACUUUGAACAAGCUGGCUGGCAUCGACUUCCGGCAGCUGACCCUGGGACACAAGCUCAACGAGAACCAGUCUGGAGAGGUGGGGGCCGCUCCUUUCCCCUUCUCUCCCCCCCGUCUCCUUCGCCCCAUUCCCCUCUGACCUUCCGCCUUCUCCACAGCUCUGGGAAGGGCGCUGGCAGGGAAACGGCAUCGUCAUCAAAGUGCUCAAGCCCCGAGACUGGACGACCCGCAAGAGCCGCGACUUCAAUGAGGAGUACCCCAAGCUCAGGUGGGUGGGGGGUCCUGUGGGGCAGCCCCUGCCUGCCCACGUGAGCGCAGGAGGUGGGUGGCUGGGCUGCUUCCUCCACUCGCCUCCUUUCCCCUCGCAGGAUCUUCUCCCACCCCAACGUGCUGCCGGUCCUGGGAGCCUGCCAGUCUCCUCCUGCUCCGCACCCCAUCACCCUCACCCACUGGAUGCCCUACGGCUCCCUCUACAACGUGCUCCAUGAAGGCACCAGUGAGUCUCCCUUCCCCUACCUCGCCCUGCUUCCAAGAGGGCACCCAGGGGCCUUGCUGGGGAUGUGGGAAGGGAUCCCAGGGAUCUAGCCCACCCCCGGGCAACGCGGAAUCAUUUGCUCUCUCUGUAGCUCUUGGGAGGGAACAGAGUGCUUUCUGGCUGCCGUUACGUCUUUCCAGGCCUAAAGUGCGUUGAUGGCCAGAGCCAGAAGGGGUUGGGGGGCCUGCCAUUCUUGCACUGUGGCCCCUGAAUCACAGGCAGCCCUUGGAAGCCCUUCCCACCCUUCCGGACAGCGCUCGGGAGCAAGCGCUGACCCCGGCAGACGCAGGCUCCCCCCCCAUAUCUGCCCCCCCACUCUCUCUCCCCCUGCAGACUUUGUGGUGGACCAGACGCAGGCCGUGAAGUUUGCUCUGGACGUGGCCCGAGGAAUGGCCUUCCUGCACACCCUGGAGCCCCUCAUCCCGCGCCACUAUCUCAACAGCCGCAGCAUCAUGGUGCGUGGGGGGCCCUUUCUGGGGUUCAGUGGGCGGGUGGGGUCUCCAGGAGGCUGAGCUCCCCGUUGUGUCCUCCCUCCCCCCACAGAUCGAUGAGGACAUGACGGCCCGGAUCAGCAUGGCAGACGUCAAGUUCUCCUUCCAGUGCCCUGGCAGGAUGUAUGCGCCCGCCUGGGUGGCGCCGGAAGGUGAGUGGCGCCCUGCCCUCCGCUGAGAUCCAAAGACGAGCCUGCUGGAUCGGGCCAGGGGGGUUGCGCCACCUGGCCGACCAGAUGCCCCUCAGGGGAGCCCGCAAGCAGGAUCCAAGCGCCAGAGCCAGUCUCCCCUCUUGCGACUGUGGUGGGCAGAGCAGUCACUGCACUAAGAGCUGUUCCACAGAUCUCCCCCCCCCCCCCGCCCCGAACUUGUCAUCUUUCUUUUCUGGCUCUUAUUCUUAGUUUCAUUAUAUUUAUUUAUUGCUUAAUGCAGAAGAACGCCUCAAACUGAAAAGCACUCCCGGGGGGGGGGGGUCCGUUCCCGCGAGUGCCUCUGACCACUUUGCCACACUGCCCUCCUCUGACCCCCAAGCCCCCCUGGGCUUGCUUGGGGGGCCGAGUGCAGGCAGAGCAGCUGCCCUGCUGGGGAGGGGUCCCCCUUCCAGCCACUGCUUUUCUGCAGCCCCUCUUUGCUCCCGCAGCUCUCCAGAAGAAGGCAGAGGAGAUCAACCGCCGCUCGGCCGACAUGUGGAGCUUUGCCGUGCUGCUGUGGGAGCUGGUGACGCGGGAAGUGCCCUUUGCUGACCUCUCCAACAUGGAGAUUGGCAUGAAGGUGAGGAAGGGGCAGGAGGGCAGGACCCCCCCACACCUUGGCAGGGUUGGACUUGGCGACCCUGGGGGCCCCAUCUGAGGUUCUUCUUCUUCCUCCUCCUCCUCCUUCUCCCAGGUUGCCCUGGAGGGGCUGCGACCCACCAUCCCCCCAGGCAUCUCCCCCCACAUUUGCAAGCUGAUGAAGAUCUGCAUGAAUGAGGACCCAGCCAAGCGCCCCAAAUUUGACAUGAUCGUCCCCAUCCUUGAGAAGAUGCAGGAGAAGUGAGGGGAGGGGGACGUGCUCUUCAGGCCCCCCCUCCAGCCUGCCCACAAGUGCCUUGGGGAGGCGCUGAUGACAGGAAGCGCCACUUCCUUGCUCUUGAAACAAAACGGUACAGAAGGAGCCACCGCCUUGCCCCCCUCCCCUUUCGGGGCAGCUCUAUUUGGGGGGGGGGUCCCUGCUGUAAGCUGCCCUGGCCUUUUAAGCUCCCCCAGCAAUGCUGCGCUGCCUUCCACAGUGCCUAGCACCCCGUCCCCUCAGCGCGCAUCAGCAAGGUCGCAUCGCACUCAGAGCCCACCGCCUGCCUCUGCGCUGCACGGUUUUUAUCUUUUCUAUGCAGGCCCCGGCCCAAGCCAGAGGGCUCAAAAUAAAGAGUUAUUAAAGGAG